AUGGCUGGAUCUCAAUUAAAGGAGCUCAAAGCUGCGUUGAAAUCGAAUGGAUUGAUAGGGCAGACUAACAUUAAAAAGAGAAAUAAGAAAUCUAAGACCCCGUCAGAGACAAGACGUCAAGAUAGAGAUAAGAUAAUAGGGAACAUACGUAAUGAAUUCAACCAGUUUGACCAGCGUGUGAAUAGAACAAAGCAUGAUGUUACUACGAUUCAAGGGGGAAAGUUUGUAAAAGUUGGUUCUAAACAACAUAAUGAUACUUCUCGCUCAAAAGCUGAAAUACAAAGGGCGAUGAGAGCAGCAUACGAAUCAGAAAAAAGCAAGGCAAAUUCGGCAGGAGGAUUAGUUGAUAGGCGUUUUGGUGAAAGGAAUCAAGAUCUCACUCCCGAGGAAAGGAUGUUAGAGAGAUUCACGAGAGAAAGACAAGCAUCAUCAAAAAAGAGCGCAUUUUCAUUAGCUAGUGACGAUGAGGAUGAGUUCGAUGAAGAUGACGGAGGAUUCACAUUGACUCACGCGGGCGAAGAACUAGAUUUGCCUAAUGAUGACGAAGGCUUGGGAGAGGGGGUUGUAGCUAGUGAUCAGGAGCCCCUUCGUAAAAAGAGUAAAAAUGAAGUAAUGAAAGAGAUCAUUGCAAAAUCAAAAUUUUACAAGCAGCAGAGACAAGCUGAAUUUCAAAAAACUCAAGCUCAAAUAGACGACUUGGAUGACGACUUCGGAGACGUCAUGACAGAAAUAAACCAAGUGGGCAAACCGCCAUCCAAGUUUUCCUCCAAGACUCAAGAACAGAUAGAUUACGACAGCAAAGUUAGAGAAUUAGCAUAUGAUAGACGUUCUGUUCCAAGUGAAAGGACAAAGACUGACGAGGAAAUAACAAAAGAAUGGGAAGAUCGUCAAAAGAAGUUGGAAGCGGACAGGGAAAACAGGAUGAAAGGAUUGGAAAGCAGAGAGGCAGAAGCUGAUGACUUGGAAGAUUUCUGGGUAGGUAGCGAUGAGGACGAUAAUGAACAAAUAAACUCUUCUCCAAAAAGCGGUGAUGAAAAGGAAGUUGGUAACGAUACUGAUAGCGAGCAAAUCAGUGACGAUUCGAGGUUUAAAAAAGUUGUACUGCCCACUUUGCCGCUAACUCAGGAAGCGUUACUUGAUUACUUUUCUUCAGUUGUUGAUGACGAUAAAGCUAAUAGUAUCAAAAGACUUUUGGAUUCGCAUAAGCCCCACUUAGCUCCAGGCAACAAGGAGAAAAUGGAUUUGUUUGUAGGUGUGCUACUUGAAUACAUCUUACAUUUGUCUGGUCAGCCUAGUGUUAAUUCAGAAUUGAUUGAGCAAUUAAUUAAAAUUUUAAAAACAACUUCUGAAAGCUACAAUAAGAGCUUGGUUGAAAAAGCAAGAGACAUAAUUAAUGAAGUGGAAUCGAGAGCAACCACCUCACAAUUUGCAAAGGAAGAUUUGGUAUUCUUUACUAUUAUCGGAUAUCUAUUCUCUACAUCUGAUCAUUACCAUUUGGUAGUGACUCCUACUACCCUUCUUAUGACGAAAUAUCUUUCUAGCUUUCAGACUGAGAAAGCAACGAUUCCUAGACUAGGACAAGGUAUCUAUAUAAGUGAAUUGCUACUAAAUUAUCAAAGAUAUUCUAAAAGAUUUAUUCCAGAAGUCCUUAGUUUUCUAGAAAAGUCCCUAUUCACUUUGACUCCAGAACCUGAGAAAAUGAGUGAUCUUUAUCUUUCAAAUUCUAACUUUAAAAAAUCAGCAUUGCAUUUAUCUAAAAAGGAAAAAUGGGAUAUAGAAGAUGACCUUCGCAUAGGCGAUUUAUUCUCAGUCGAUAGCUCUGAAAUAAAAGUGAAAUUGCUUAGGAGAACGUUACGAAUAAUAGACAAAUUGGUAGAUUUAUGGAGAGAUAAAAGUUCUUUAGUUGAGGUCAUAGAUACUUUUAUUUCACCUUUGAAGCAUUUAAUGAAGUACACAACUGCCCCUGCGAGUCUAUUGACCAAACUUGACAAAUUAAGGACUAAUGCUGCGAACCAUAGGACGCCAUUGACAUUGCAGCAUCAUAGAGCUUUGGCAAUUGCUACAUUUGCGCCUAAAUUUGAAGAAAAUUUCAAUCCUGAUAAAAAAUCAUACGAUGUUAAUAGAGAAAGACAAGAAUUGAACAAGAUCAAGAAUGAAAUAAAGAAGGAGAAGAAAUCUGCUUUGAAAGAUAUUCGAAAUCAAUCUAAAUUCAUUGCCAGAGAACAAAUUGGGGAAAAGAAGAAAAUGUACUCUGACUAUCACAAGAAGAUGGCUAGUAUCGUUAAUUCUAUUUCAACUGUUGAAGGUGCUGCUAAGAACCAAUACGACAAAGAAAAGAAACGCCGGAAACAAUAA